AUCACACAUUAUAAACAUUCAUUAUCUUCAUUUUGAAUUCUCUCGUUCAUUUUUGUUUGUUUGUUUAACAAAACUAAAAACAAUCUACAUUUAUUUGCGCUACAUAAAUUGUGUCUAUACAUAUAAAAUGGCUGACAAUAGUUUUCCAAUAUCAUCAUCCGAUGAUAAUCGAGCUCAAAUAGUAAAACCUCCUGAACAACCACCACCACCACUACAAUCAACCGAUACGCCUGUAUCUGAUUCCGAAUUAGAAACAAAUCUUCAACAAAUUCGUAAUGAUGAUGACAUUAUAUGGCGUGAUUGGUUUUUUAAUAAAAUUGAAAAAAUUCUUGACAUUUCUAACGGAAAUAAUUCAGUUGGUCAACAACAUAAUCAGCCACAAUCAUCAUCCCAACAGCAACCUACAAUUAAAAAUGUUACCGUUAUAUUCGGUCAAGCCGGUAGUGGCAAAACAUUUCUUAUGCAAUUGCUCAGUCAAACAAAACGUUUUCAAAGUCGUGUUUUGAUGUCAUUUUUUUGUAAAUUUACCUCAUCAACACCAAAUGAUUUCAUUCAUUAUUUUGAUCAACAAAUUCAGGAAACAUUUAAUGUUCAAAAAUCAUCAUUAUCAUCAUCAUCAUCUAAAUCACCUAACAAUACAAACACCAUAACUAAUUAUAAUGUUAAUUUUCGUGAAAAUUUACUUAAAUUAUUGAAUAGUUUUGCAAAAGAUAUGACCAUUGUAAAUAAGUAUCAAUUACAAUCGAAACGUUAUCUAUUAUUAAUCGAUUCGAUUGAUUUACGUCCAGAUAUUUGUGAUUUAGUUGCUAGCAAUUUAUAUGCAUUACCUAAUUGGCUACAUGUAAUAAUAACGGCAAGACCAAAACGUUAUCGUGGAAUAACGAAAAUGUUUUCCGGUGCACGUAAAAUUGUCAUUGAUGAUAUAAAAAAAUCCAAUGUCUAUAACGAUAUAAUGGGUUAUCUUUGCAAACAUCAAACAAAACUACAAACACCGACAACAUCAAACGAAUCAUCACAAUCAUCAUCAACAUCAAAACAUUUGUUGAAUAAAAUUGUUCAUAAAAGUAAUGGUUCGAUUUUGUACGUCAAGAUUUUGAUUGAUUGUAUUGUACAAAAAAUUUUCGAUGUUCAACAAUUAGAUUUUGUUGGUGCCACAUUGAAUGGUCUUUAUUUGGCUCUAUUCACUAAUAUGUUUAAUAAUAAUUCCAAAUGGGAAAAUGAAUUCAAAACAAUAUUCUCAUCGAUAGAACGAAUUAAUUCAUUCAAAGUAUCGAUUGCUGAUCUCAUCAUCAAACUUCAAUGUACAGAAGAUACAUUGAGACAGAUAUUAGAUGUUUUGGCUGCACAUCAUUUGAUUUUAUUUGCCGAUAAUAAUGAAUCAAUCAAAUUAAUACAUGGCAGUCUAUUUGAAUGGUUAAGCGAUAUCAAACAUUGUACAGCACGAUUCAUUUGUCGAUCAUAUUUUCCCGAUGCCGAACAAUCACAUUUAUUUAUGAUGAAUCUUAGCGAACAAGUGGCAAAAAAUCGACAGAUAGCAUUGGCUAUUAGUAAUAAAUACAUUCAAGAUAAUGAUGAUUCAAUAAAUGAUAUUUCAGAUGAUAUGUUAUAUGAAAGAGAUCGUUCGGAUUCACAAAUGGGAACAACCAGUGGACAAGCACAAGUAUCGUCAAAUUCAAAUAAUAAAUUAUUUGAACUUCAAACACCAGGCAUUUAUGCCGAAACUGAUUACAGUCAUAUUGAAAAAUUUAAUAAUAAUGAUAAAAAUUUACCAAAAACUAGUUCAUUCGAACAAGAUCAUAGUAAUGAUAAAAAAUAUCAUGGAAAAUUAUCGACAAAAUUCGAUUCAACAUUAGUUCCAAAUGAUCAUCAUCAUAGUAGUUCGUUUAUUAAUUCAACAAACCAGUUGGAAAGUACUACAUCAAAUUCAUUGAAAGAUUGUAAAACUAAACAAUGUUUACCGAUGGCAAUCGAUGAUGAUUGUCUUGUUGACAGUGAUGGUGAUGAACAACAAAAUCCUCUUGUCGAUGAUCAAGAUUUAAGUAAAACAGAAAUAUCCAAAGAAUAUCUAAACAAAUUAUAUCAAAAAUUUGAACAAGCAAUGCAUCUAUGUGAUCUAAAAGCAUUGCGUAGCAUUCUAAGCCGUUAUGGAAAUGUCAUAAUCAAUCAAAAUUUCAUCAAUGGUAAAACGCCAAUGUAUUGGGCGAUUAAAAAAGGCAACAUGAAAUUGGUCGAAUUGUUUCUUGAAUUUAAUGCCGAUGUUAAUGCUGUUUGUGAUCCACAAUGGGGAUAUUCAUCAUUGAUUUUGGCAUUAAUGCAACAUUCGUUUGACAUGUGUGAGUUAUUAUUGGAAAAUGAUGCUGAUGUCGAACUAUUGGAUCGAUAUUCAAUGCCACCAAUUUUACAUGCCAUUUUAGUCAAUUGUUCACCAGAAAUUAUCAAAUUACUUAUGUAUUGGGGAUCGCAUACGGAUUUUAUUGACGAAACUGGUCGAUCAUUAUUGCAUUUUGCUGCUAAUGAACCGAAAACCUGGGGACAGACAAUAAGUUUAUUGCUUACUGUUGGUUGUGAUGAAAUGCAUCGAGACAAUAAUGGUCAAACUGCAUUACAUAUGGCCGCUGCUAAUGGUUCGCUUGAAACUGUUGAAGUUCUUGUGGAAUUUGGUGGCGAUAAAUUGAUUCAUACACAAGAUAAAUCCGGAAAACUCGCAUUACAUGAGGCUGUUGCUAAGAAUAAUUUCGAAGUAUGCGAACCAUUGAUUACACCAAAAUCGAUAAAUCUUAUAGCUCAUAGUGGUAAUUCACCGUUAAGAAUUGCAAUUUUAUCCUAUUACCUUGAUUUGGCUCAAUUAUUGAUCCUUAAAGGUGCCGAUGUGAAUUAUAAAGAUGCUGAUGGACGAUCAAUAAUUUAUUGUGUCGUUGCAUUCACACACAGCACCUUGGAACAAAAAGGACCACCGUUUUUCAAUCUUGCCGCAUUGUACAAAAAUGGACCAGAAGAAUAUCUAGAAACGGCAGUUAAAACGAUUGAAUUUUUAGUUCGAUUUGGUGUUGAUUUAGAAAUCAAAGAUCUUGAAGGACGAACCGCUUUGCAUGUUGCAGCCUGGCAAGGUACAUAUACGUUAGUUGAUUGUUUAAUAAAACUUGGUACGAAUAUUGACGCCAUCGAUGCUGAAGGUAGAACGCCUCUACAUAUGUGUGCUUGGAAUGGUCAUAUUGAAGUGGUUCGAUUAUUGAUUGAAUCCGGCGCUAUAGUCAAUCCAAUAUCAUCGACUCAAGGUGCAUCGCCAUUACUUGUGGCCGCACAACAAGGUCAUUAUGAAACCUGUGUAUAUCUAUUGCAAGCUGGUUGCGAUAUUUCACAUCGAGAUUUUUAUGGCCGAAAUGCUAAAGAUGUUGCAUUAAAUUGUGGUCAUAAAGAAAUUGUACAAUUAAUCGAUUCGUUUGUGGCUACAACAAUCAGCGGUGUUGGCAGUUUGGAACAAAAUCAAUCCAAUAAUGAUCUACCUUUGAUUGGAUCAUUGAAUCAUUCAAAUGAUCAUGAUUCAAUGGCCAUAAAAUAUUCUAAAUAUGAUGCACGAUUCUAUCAAUCGAUCAGUAAUAAUAAUAAUAAUAAUAAUAAUAAUCAAACUUUAGAUAAUAAUAAUGGUAUAAUGGGUUUAGCAAUAAAUAAUACAAAUAGUGUGCCAAACAACAAUAUUAGUAAUAAUAAUAGAAAAGGAGGAAUAAUUGUUGGAUCAAGAAAAGGUAAAAAAACCAGAUCGAUUAGUAAAUUGACCAAAAUGUUACAUUAAUCCAUUCUUUUUUUUCAUUCAUUUAUUCAUUGAUAUAUUCAUAUGCAUUUUUGUAUUUGAUUACACUAAUUUGAUUUCUUUUUCUUUUCUUUU